AUGCGUCAGACAAUCAUUAUUGGAAUCUAUAUCUUCGUUAGUUACUGUGAGAAAGUAACUUAUGUGCUUAUAUCAACGUUUUUUCCGACACCAAAUAUCAAUCCUAAUGAUAAAUAUGUUCUUAUUAGUGGUUGUGAUAGUGAAUUUGGUCAUGGAUUAGCUAUUGAACUUGAUAAACAAGGUUUUAACGUUCUUGCUGAUGUCUUCCUUCCUGACAAUGUAGCGUUUCUUAGAGAAAAACUUUCAUCAAAAGCUACAGUUUUUCGUCUUGAUAUUACUAAACAACUAGAUAUUGAUGGUGCAUUUGAAUUAGUCAAUAAGGAAACAAAAGUUCUUCAUGCACUGGUUAAUAAUGCAGGGAUAGCUAUUUUGGGUAAUAUUGAUUGGGCAUCAAUGGAAGAUAUGCGUAAAGUUAUGGAUGUGAACUAUUUUGGACAUGUUGCAAUGACAAAAAAGUUUUUACCUUUACUUAUUGCUAAACGUGAUUCUCGUGUUGUUAAUAUUUGUUCAGUAGCUAGUUAUCUUGCAUCAGCAAGUAUGUCUGCUUAUUGUGCAUUGAAAUAUGCUGAAGAUCCUAUGAAAGUUGUUCGAGCUCUUCAACAUGCUGUUAUGAAUACAGUUCCUCGUAUUCGUUAUCGACCUGGAUGGCAAUCAAGUCUUGGUUUCUUUCCAGAAUCUCAUUUACCAGCCUGGGUUGUUGAUUGGCUUUUGAGCAAUCUAGAUAAAUCAUUUCAUGUUCCUGCAUUUUUUUCUCAACAACUUAAAGACUAA